AUGGGAACCACCGUGUCCAAGACGCUCACCACAGCGGUAGGAACAACCGCUGCCGAGAAGCGCUCGUCCAAUGCAACAUGGGAGAAGAGGCUGGCUGCGUGCCGUGAUGAUGACCUCAAAUGGCUCUCGGAAGAUCUUCUGCAUCGCAUUCUCGAGUCGGAAAACAUCCUGCGCGAGCAUGUGCCCGAGGCCGAGUCGUCGACGAGCACUUCGGUCGAUGAGCUCGAAUUUGAACGUGUACGGGCGGUGAGCACUAGUGAUGGAAGUGACGGAGCUGGCCUGCCUAAUCUUGUGGGGCUAGUGGCGAGCUCGGGUGUGACCAACAUCAUCGAUGCUCAGCUGGCCCGCCUGGUGGCCCAUGCCGCCACCUGGUCGUCUGCCUUUCAGGAGGUGACUCAGGCCCGGUACGCCAUCGUCCUCCGUGUCCUCACCUCGGUCACCAACCAGUCGCGUCGUCUCGAGCUGGCCAAUGACUCGGACGGAAGCGGCGAGGGCGGUGAGGGCUCGCCGGAAGACGCGGCGUCCAAGCUCAACCCGCUGCCGGACGCCAACCGUCCGCAGGCCAACCUUGGCAUGCAAAUCGCCAUCAAGGUCUUCCUCUCGGUGGUGGCCAACACCGAUCCGUCUGGCGCGGCUCCGGCAGUUGAGCAGCUUCUCGCCCUUGUCUCAGGCUCCAAGGUUCUCGACCUCGCCAACGAGGACGACGACUUUCUCGAUGCUCUGGUUGCCUGGCUCGUUGCCGUCCUCGAUGCCGACGCCGUGCCUGAGGCGCUCGCCACCGGCGCCGCCACUGCUCUUCUCACCCUCGCCGCCUUUACUGGCUUUCAGGGCCGCAUGCUUGACGCGAUGGCUCGCCUCGUGGCCCACCCAGCAGCAUCGGACGUUGCCCCGGCGUAUGUCGAUGCGCUAACCAAGAUCUCGGCUUUCAAGACCUCGCUGGAGCUCGGUACUCUCGCCAACUCCUCGCCGCUCGCGCAUCUGGCCUUCAACGCCGACCUCGCCUCCGAGCUCAAGGGAAAGGCGCUCUCGGCCGACGCUCGAGCGUCAGUGGUCUCGGACGGCGCUUAUCUUUACAUCCACGACGCACGUGGCUUGCUCAAGGUUGGCACCGGCCUGCAGGGCUCGGCGCCCGGUCACGUCUACUACGCCGACCGCAAGUUCUACCCCGACGCUCAUCUUUGGCUUUCCGUCAUCGCAGGCUCACUCUACGUCCGCUCUGCUGCUCUCUCGGACAACGCCGUCUUUGAAGUGUACGACACGGCCGACCUUGCUUCGCCACACCGCAUCGUCACUCCGUCUGAUCUCCUCAUCACCACCUCUGAUCCACAGAUGGCAACCCUCGCUUCGUCCGCGUUUGUCCCCGAGUACGACUGGAAGACUGCUGCGCUCGCCGCCAAGAAUACCACCUGUAGUUCGUCUACUGGGGGUUUCGGCAUGCACUUUAACUGCCAGUCUUGCAACUACGCGAGGGUCUGUGCCGCCUGUGCCGCAGAGUGCCACAAGGGCCACAACCUCGUCAUGGACGCCAAUGAGUCAUACUCUUACUGCAACUGCGCUGCCCGCGCGCUCGACGCGGACCCCAGGCCGUGCCGUACCCGCCCCCUGCCACAUUGGGGCACCCUCUCCGCCGCCUCGCCGUCAUGGUCCGACGGCCGCUAUCUCUACAUCCUCACUCUCCGCCCCAAGCCCGACGACCUUGUUGCCCGCGAGGAGCGGCGCCUUGCCAAGUGGCGCGCAAAGCGCGCAAAGAUUUUUGCCAAGGCUGAUGCCAAGCUCGCCGCGUCUCGUAACGCUGCUGCGGGCACUGACGCCGGCGCGUCGUCGUCAGCCGCUGCCGCUGCUGCCGCUGACUCCGACACUGCCGACUUGCCCGCAGACACCGACGCCGCCGACGACAUCGACGACACCGCGUCGGAUGGAUCGCUUGACCGCUUCGAGAUCGACGGCAGUCGUGCCCGCCCUCGCCGCGACAUCACUCUUGCCCGCAAGGCCGGCAACGACCUUUCCGCGGAUCAGCAGGAGCUCGAGCUGUGGGAGUCGGGCACCCGUUACGUCAUCGUUGUUGUUGACCCGCUCGACAGCUUCCACCUCGUUGACGUCAAGCGCCUCGACAUUGAGCGUGCAGGCAGCAAUCUACCGCUCGAGAGUCUCGGCCGCUUCUCGUUCUACUCCAACGGCUCCAUCCUCGUUGUGCAGCAGGUGGCCGACUUCAAUCCGCCCAAGCCACCGACAGGCGCGUUCAGCAACUCGCUUGGAGGCUUUGGUGGUGGAAGCAGCUCGCAGCCCAACCUCACCAUCACAAGCUUUGACCUCUCAUGCAAGGGCGUGACGCUCGGUGCACCCGACGAGGUGAACAAGUUCUCCAACGCGCUCCUGACUACUGCGAAUGUGCCGACGGAUGCAGGCUUGAGCGCCUCUGCCUAUGAUUAUGUCAACAACAUGAUCUGGGCCUACUCGUCCAUGCACCUCCGCUGUGUGCCAUACAAGAACGCGACGCCACCGCCGCUUUUCCGCUUCCCGGCUCCACCGGCAGAGGGCCACAGCCACGACUUUGUCCACUCGUCCGACGACGCCCUCGCGCACCCGGCCUUUGCCCUCCCGUCCGACCAGCAAUCUUCCAUCCGCACUGGCACUGCCAUCGUCCGCACGCUUGCGCUCCUCGACCAGCACGCCGCCGACCAUGCCCAGCGCCUGGCACUCACCGGCUCGACCGCGCUCUCGGCUGCGGCACUCUCGGCCCCGUUUGCCCUCCACAUUGCGCCAGCGACCUUUGUCGCACUCCUUAACCUCGCCCGCGCUCUCCACUCCUCCAUUCUCGAGGCAGCCCCCGGUCCGCGCUCUGCCCUCAUUCAGCCGGUCUACGGCCUCGGUGCCACGCUCCGCCUCCUUGCCGCAAACCUUUCCCGCCUCCUGGACGUCGGCCGCCGUUGCCCGGCGUCGACGCCGAACAACAUUCUCGUUGACCUCCAUGGCCUCCUCCUCGCCAUGCUCGAGACCACUCUGUCGGAUCCGGAGCUUCACGCUGACGCCUACGUACCCAUCGCAUCUGCCGUCUGGGAAGACCAGCAGCUCUUCCUCCUUCUGGCCGUCCUCGACCCAGCGUCGGUCGAGGACCGCGAGCUGCCGGUCAACCUGCCGACGGACAACGCCCAUGCCACAGGCUCUGCGCUCCGUGCCUUUGCCGGCGCAGUCAUUGCCUCAGACUCAACUGCUGUCCUCAACGCGCUUCUUGGCCGUCUUGCCCUCAACUCGAACGCAUCGCUCCUAAUCUGCCCCGCUGGCGCAUCAUCUGGCGCCGCCAUUGAUCGCACCAUCAUCAUCAACUUGGUUGAGCAGGCCCUCGCCUCGUUCGACGACUCUCUUGCUGCCGCCAUCGCCGCGGGCCCUCAUGCCUCGCCUGCCGCUGCGCCGCAGCCAGCGCCGGCCGGCCGAGCUCUCCUAGCCUUCCUCAAGGGACUCAUCCAGCGCGUGAGCUCGUUUACUACACAGCUGGCCGAUGCUGCUGCCAAGCUCAAGACUGCGAAGGAAGCUGCCGCGUCGGACAAGAGUGCUAAGGCCAAGGCCGAUAGUGGAGCCGAGAGCGGGGCUGAUGCCGCUGCUUCAAGCGAGACCGCCGACGACGACGCUCCGCCCUCGCUCGCCGAACGCGCUGCUGCCCUCGAAGACGCCGAGUACGAGAAGAAUGUGCUUGUUGACGCCUGCGUCGGCGUUGUGGCAUCCGUCCUUGACGCUGGCACCACCGCCCUCCACAAGCUUCGCACCAGCCUCGACUCGAUCUCGCUCGACGCUGCCGAGGCUGUUCUUGCGGCUUCGCUCGUCGGCCGUGUCUUCCCGGUCCUCACCGCCUUGCUCGGCACGCUCAGCUCAACGAUUGGCGUCCAGGCUCCGCUCAUGGCCCCGCUUGUCCGUGUCCUACGCGAGUUUAGCCCCGUCGCCGCCGCUUUUGAGGCCAACACGGCCGCCGAGGCCGAGUACAACGCUGGCCGUGCGUACCGCCAGUCUGGCGGCGCCGUCCGCGUCGUCGAGUCGGCGCAUCCCUACACGGCCAACACCGACGAGGACUUCUCGGUCCGCAUUCCCGGAGCCCAUGCUCUCGAGAUCACCUUUUCCUCGCAGUCGAACCUGCAGUACAACGACAUGCUCACCCUCUACCUCAAGCGCGGGCACAAGUCCCGCUUCCGCCGCUUCGAGUCGUACGGUGCCUUCCAAGAGACGCGCGUCAUUGUUCCCGGCGACGCCGUCUACUUUCAUUUCAAGUCGCAGUCGCAGUCGUACGGCGACUAUGGCUUCAAAGCCACCGUCACGCCGCAGCUCAAGGCCGAGGCCCCGCUCGAGCUCCCGUGGAUGCUUGACACGUUCAAGAGCCUCGGCUACGUCGCCGGUAAGUACGCCGCCAUGCUGGUGGCAGCCAAGCCACAGAUGGAGGUCCCGCCGUCGCUCGCCCACUGGCGCGCAUCGCCGCUACUCUCGGGUGGUCUCUCGUCCAUCAUGCUGCGCGCCAACCCGGACGCCGCCCGUGGCGACGCCCGCUAUGACCUCGCCCCGCUCCGCGCUGUCCUAGAGGCCUCGACCGCCCAGCUCCCUGCUAUCCCGCCGGCCUUUGCCGAAACCCCACAGGCCGAGACCGAUGUCUUUACCUCGUUCCUUGGUGCGUUUGUGGCACAGGGCGAGCUCCCGCUCGGGGCCAACGCCACGCCUGAUGCGCUUCCAGCCAAGCUCAACGCAUGGAUCCUCAACAACUCGUCGGUUCAAGUCUUUCUAGCCCGCGAGCCACGCGCCGCCGCCUACAACCGCGCUACCCGCGCCAUCAUCGCCGGCAUCCUCCGCCACUCGGGACUUGUCAAGGAAGUCCACGCCCUCGCUACUGCUGUCGAAGCUGGCGCCGAUACGUUUACUGCCACCAAGCCGCCGCAGCACCUGGUCAUGGUGUGGAAGAUUGCAUCCAAGGCCCGCCGGUUCCUCAUGGGCCUCGCCCGCCCGCAAGCCGAGCUCCCGUCAGCCAUGGUUGCUGCCGCCGCCUCGUCGCCGGCCGACGACGCCGCACCCGCCGACGGCGACGCCGCAGCCGACAAGGCCAAGGCUGACGCCGCCGCCAAGUCCAACGCCCGCGUUUCCUUUGACUCGUAUGUCGAGGCCAUGGCCGCAGUCGAGGACCGCAUGCGCUUCCUCCUCGACGCCGCCCCGGCCGCAACCCACCUUCUGUACGCCCUCUCGUCGCGGCCCGAGACGCCCAAGUCGACCGCGGCCAAAUCGCGGUGGGACGCGCUUCGCACCUCAGUCACCUCGCGGGUUGGCGCCGUCGGCACCGAGUCAGACUCUGUUGUCGCCGCCCUCAAAGACCUCGCCAAGCUCUCCGAGUCGGUCGUCGAGUUUGCUAAGACUGCGCAGCUUGCCGCUCUCCCGCUCUCCAUCUUUGUCGAUCUCCUCGCCGACGCCCGCCAGUGUGGCAAGGCUCGGGUUUUUGGCAUUUCCGCCUACACUGCCCUCCUCGCCGACGGCGGUGAGUUUGGCUCGGUCUCGCAGGACGUGCUCUCGCACCUCUCGGCAGCACUCAACACGACGGCCAUGCCGCAGUCGGGCGCCGCCCAUGGCAAGACCUACCCGCACUACCUCAACAGCGUCGAGAUCGCCGGUACCGCCAUCGCUACCCAGAUUGGCACCGCAUUCUCUGCCCUCCUCGCCACGCUUGUUGCCAUGCUCCGCAACGUCAACACGCCACCGGCGACCAAGCUGCUCAUCCUCGACGCGCUCGCGCUCGAGUACAAGCGCGCCGACUACCCCAUGCUGGUCAAGGCGCAAGUCUUUCCGGCGCUUGGUGAGGUGAUGAAGGCAACCCGCAAGUAUCGCGGCUACACUCCGCCGCCUGAUGCUGCUCGCGGCGCCUCGUCGCUACCGGCCGUUCUCCGGCGGGUCAACGCCUCGGCCUGGGCUGUCUUCCAGCUCAUUUCGCUCCUGGUCUUUGCGCCUAACGACCGCGCUGCUGCCUCGGGUGCCGCCUCGGCACCGGCCGGUGGACUCGGCCUCGGCUCCAAGCAGCUCCGCUCGGCCGCCUUUGACGCCGUCCUUGCUGAGCUCAGCUCGUCGGCUGACGAGAUUGAGGCUGCCGCCACGACCGGCAGUCACGACCCCGAGCUCAACUCGUCGGUCUACGACCUGCUCACCCUCCUUUUCACCUGGGCUGACACUGCCUCGCACCAGCUCAUUCACCCUCGGCUGCAGCGGCUGCUAGCGCGGAUCAUGGCUGUCGGCGCGCCGGCGCUCCAGCGGAUGACUCUCCGGCUCUUCCGCAAGGUCCUUGCCCGCCACAGCCCCGACGAUGUGGUCGAAAACCUCUUUGCUGCCGACGAGCAUCUGCUCGACUCGCUCCUUACCACUGCUGGUCAGUCAUUUGUCCUUGCUCCGGCUGGUCCGCCAGCCCCGGGUGUGGCCGAUGUGGCACCUGCCGGCGACGGCGUCGCUGCCGACUUUGGCUGGCGCUCGGGCUUUGUCCACUUUGUGGUCGGUCUCGAAGCCAUGUAUGCGCUGCGCACGUUGCUCGCUGCUCGUCCCUGGGCUGCUGCGCUGGUCCCGCGCCUUCUUGCUGCGCUCGAUGCUGACUCGGAAACUGCCCCGCUCGCUGCCCUCGCCGUCCUGGGUGGGAGCCUGGACGUUCCGCGGAUCGGCGCUCGCAUCGCCGUUGCUAUUGGGGCCGGCAUUCGUGAGUUUGGCACCAUUGUUACUUGUGCACCCGAGUCACCGACGCUCACGGCAGUCCUCGACUCUGACGUCGAAGCUGGCAAGCUUAGCAAGUAUUCCAUCAACGACGUCGAGCUUGUGCCCGAGACUGAGCUGAGCCAGGCGGCCCUCGGCUUUGUGGACGCCAACGUCACGGUCGAUGCCAUUGCGCGGCUUGCUCUCGCGCCGCCAGCCUCUGACGCCACACCCGCAGCCGCACUUACCCAGGCGCUGGCGCUCAAGGCGCUUGGUCGUCUGCUUUCCGACUCGCGGUUCCUGACCGCGUUUCUGAGUCAGCCGUCGCGCCUCGCGGCGCUCCUCGACGUCAUGCGCACCGCCGAUGGCGACCCGCGAUUCUCGAGCGUCGAGUCCGAGGAGCGGCUCCUCACCAGCGUGCUGCAAGCUGUCCAGUCGGCCGACGCGAGGGUGGUGGGCUCGGCAACGCAGGAUCCGUCUUCCGAUCCUCCGCCCACCUUCCAGCCGCGCUACGCCUUUGUCCCGCACUCUAAGUUCCCGCAAGGCAUCGACAUGGGCGCCGCCAACGCCGAUCUGGUCCAGAUCAGCGCCGACGGCGUGGUCGAAUACCUUGGCUCGGGCCGCGGACAGACAGACAUUGGUCUGAUCAAGGGCGAUGCUGUCGUCCCGCACGCCGUCGACAUGUACUACUUUGAGGUCAGCAUUCUUCACGAGGGCGCUGACGGGCGCGUCUCGAUUGGCCUAGUGCCCGACGGCAAGACAGUGCCCGGCACGCUUGGUGCGCUCUACGGCUCGUACGCACUGCAAGGCGAGUCGGGCAAGAAGAUGUCGUACAAGUGCAAGGGAUACGAUGGGACCGGCAAAGAGUACGCCAACGCCGCGUCGUCCGGCGACGUUCUCGGUCUGCUCUACGAUGUCCAGAACGGCUGCAUUCACUUUACCAUUUCCGGCAACGACUUUGGCGUCGCCUUUAAGCAGCUCAAGGGCCGGUUCCGCCCCGCGGUCGGCAUUGCCUCGCCUGGCGCUCGGGUCCUUGUCAACUUUGGUCAGCUGCCGUUCCGCUACGCCGCCGACGGUCGUACCAUGCCCACCAAGAACUCGCUCGGAACCGCACGGACUCGCGAAGACAAGGCCGCCAUUCUGCUGGCCGUCGGCUUUGAGCCGUGGCUUGUCGACGCCGCCCUCAGCCAGUCGGCUCUCUUCGACGAGCCGUCUGACGCGCUCUACUGCUGGUGUGCCGAGCGGUUCGGUCGCUCCCGGGAGGCAGUCGAGGCCGAGGCUGCUGCUGCUGCUGCUGCUGCCACCGCCGCUGCCGCCGCCGCCGACAGCGAUGGCGCCGAUGGCGAUGUCGGUGAUGGUGUCGACGCCGACGCCGACGGCAAGGCAACGCCACCAACUGCAGUCAAGACAGCAUCAGACGUCGACACCCUCUCCGAGUACUCUGACGAAGACGCCGAGCCGGCCGUCAACGAGGGCGACAACCGGGCGAAUAACUACCUGGUGAAGGAGGUCAAGCCGCAGCUGCUCAUGGCAGACGUUGUGCCUGGUAUGUACUUGAGUGUGGAUCCUGACUACGAGGUCGAUGGCGAGGACGACGACGACAAGGACAGCGACGGAGAUGCCGAACUGGUCGCCGCUGAUGACGCGAUGCUCGGCCAAAGUGGAGGCUCUGAGCCCGGCAAGGGCAAGGACGAGGUCGGCGACACCGACGCCGGCGCUGGCAACGCGCUGGCUCAGCUGCCAUUCGAGAGCACCCGCGGACAGACCGGAACGGUUCUGGCAGUUGACUCGGCCAGCCGCGGCGUUCUACUGGCAGUCUACCAGGUCGAGACUGGGAGGAUGCUGCUGGGAUGGUACCCUGUGCGGUCGCUGGUGUACCCGAGCCCGCUGGUGGACGAUCCACUGACGUGGGUGCUGGCUGGCGAGGGGGCGGCGCUUGCUGCCGGCGCCGCGCGGCGGCUGCAAGGCCUCUACGCGCGGUCGGCGGUGGUGGCAGCCAUGGUGGCAUGGGAGCCGCAAGUGAGUCCGUUGACGAUGGAUGCUGGCGUCGGCUCGGACGAGAAUUUGCUCGCGCUCCUCAGCGCCACCGCGUACGCCGACCUUGCGGCGAUGCCUGACCAGUCGAGCAGUGACCCAGGUGCGUACCUGUAUGCCGACGCCGAGUCGUCGGACGCGAUUGCGCUACGCGAAGCGACCGCAAAGCUUGUGAAGAACUGCGUCGCCGCUAUGGACGGACCGUCGGCCCGCAAGCUGUGGGGUUGGUUGGUGGUGCAGGCACACCAGCUCACGGCCGACCGACUUGACCUGGAGAUCGGCGCGUGGCUCUACCUGUACCUCUUUGAUGCGCUCAAGGUAUUUGAGGCCAAGCUGGCCGGCGCGGACAACCUUGCCGAGGGCGACGAAGCUACAGGUAAGGGCAAGGCCGACGUCGAAACGCCCGCUGACGACGCCGACGCCGGGGCCGCAGAUGACGCGGCCGAGCUGAGCGAGGAAGAUGCGCGAAAGGCUGCGACAACGCUGGCCGAGUUUGCGGCGCUCGAUGAGGCGUAUACCUUGCCGCCUGUGGAGAAGACGCUGGCCCAGCUCGGGCUCGACAGCGUCGAGCUGGAGGACAAGGCUAGCCGGCGGAGCGCCGAGGCGCUGCGGCUGCUGCGUCUGCUUGUGAGCCGGCGGCGUGCGAUGCGGCUGCUGGCGCAGGUGGACCAGAUUGCGCUGGCGCGGACGCGUGCGCUGAUGUACCGGACGCUGACGCUCAUGUUUGAGGCCGACGAGGUGUUUGGUCGUCUCCCGCGGGUAUCUGUGCUCCAAAAGGCCAUUGCGUCGCUUACGCAAAGCUUCUACAACUCGUCGCAGAUGACGCUUGAGCAGCAGGCCAAGUCCGGUAUGAGCGCGACGCUCGCGGACCUGCUGCGGCGGGUGCGGGAGAAGAACGACGCAGUCUCACGCGCCGAAGCAUGGCUAGCCAAUGUCAAGUCGAUGAAGGAACGGGCCAAGGCCGGGGCCAAGGUCGAGGUCGACGAGUGCGUGGCGGAUCAGCAGGUGCGGGAUCUGGCGCGUGUACUUGGCGUCAACGAGCUUGUCUCGUCGCGGUACGCGUCUACGGGGACGUCGCUCCAUCUUCUCGGCGAGCUUGUGGACGUUAUGUACGAGCGCCGCAAGGUGCCGGUCAAGUUUGCACUGCGAGCGUGGCCUGCGGCGCAGCUGGUGGAACGCAAGGUGGUGAGCUCAAGCCAUCCGUACGAAGCCGGCCGGGUGAAGGACAUGGUGGUGAUUGCGGACGCGUCGACGGUCCAAGUCAAGUUCCAUCCCAAGUGCGCGACAAUGCAAUCGGAUGUGCUGCAGUUUUCCGAGACGGCGCAUUUUGGCCCGUAUGGCUCGACGUACUCGGGCAAGUUUGGGCAGUACGCGAGCUCGGGCGUGGCGUUUUCAGCCAACGGCGACCGGAUGUACUACCAGUUCAACGCCGCCGCCGGCUCACAGCUGCAUGGGCAGUCGUGCCAGGUCUGCUCGUUGGGCCAGAUGCGCGGGACGCGGUACUCUUGCAUCUCGUGCCGGAGCUGCGAGCUAUGCGAGGAGUGUGAGGCCAACCUCGAGGAGACGCAGGCGCACCCGACCUCGCACAUGUUCCUUAAGAUCCAGCGGCCGACGACCAACUGGUAUGCGCGCGAGUCACUGCCGUGCCCGCCGAUUGACACCGAGGCGCCGCGGACCCACACCGGCAUUGCGUGCGACGGGUGCGGGGCAAGCCCAAUCGAGGGCGACCUGUACAAGUGCGCCCAGUGCGGGGCGUACUACCUGUGCUCGGCUUGCGAGGAGCGGGCGACCGAGCUCGACCACGACGUCGACCACGUGUUUAUCAAGAUUCGCAUGGCGCGGACGUCGCCCGAGACGUACUCGUUCUUCCGGGCGCUGCCCAACAUGUACGAGGACGGCAUGACGUGGGGCUACGAGUUUGUGGUCAGCGGCAUCCUCAAGCAGCGGGCGCUGCUCAACUCACUGGGCACGGCCAUGCCCGACAUCUUGGCGUGGCUGGAGACGGAUGCGCAAGAGUGGAAGCCCGCUCUGGAUCACGAGCUUGUACGGUAUGCCGUAGCUGUGGCGGAGAAGGCCGAUACCAAUGUGAGUAUGCUUCCGCUCGACGCGCUAGAGCCUGAUGAGGAGGCGCUCCAGAGCUGCCCGGGCCUCCGCGGGGUGACGCUCGACGUGCUCCGCAACCGCUUCUCGCUCCUCCUCAUGUUCAACGAGCUGGUCAAGGGCGCUCUCGCAUCGGUCGACCUCUCGCUGGUGAACGCUGAGUGGUCGACUGCACAUCGGUUGUGCCAGCUCAAGGGCCUCAUCUUCCCGGAGCACAAGGAGCAAAUUUUCAACGACAUGGUCAGCUCGCGCGGGUCGCGGUCGCGGCAGGCUUCAGUGACGGUCGACCGGACGGCGGCAGCGGUGACGUCGGACGACCAAGUUGUUCCGCUCGAGUCAACAAUGUUCAUGCAGAUCUACACCGGGCUGGCAUCGGCGACCAACGACAUGCUGCGGCAGAGCCAGCAGGCGUGGCAAGUUCAGUUCCAGGGAGAGGGUUCGAUCGACGCUGGCGGGCCGUACCGCGAGUCGAUCACCCAGAUGUGCGCCGAGCUGACGGCCGGCGAGCCGGUCGGCCUUUUCCUCCCGUGCGCCAACGCCAAGUUUGCGGUCGGCCAGAACCGCGAGAAGAUUGUGCCCAACCCCGGGGCGGCAACGCCGGCCAAGCUGGAACAGUUUGAGUUUGUGGGCAAGCUGAUGGGCAUUGCCCUGCGGACGAAGAAUCCACUCGCGCUCGACCUGCCGUCGCUGGUGUGGAAGCGGCUGGUGUUUACAGUCCCGUCGCGGUCGGACAUCGACCUCAUCGACCAAAUGUGCUGCCAGGUUCUCGACUCGGUCAUCAACAUUGAGGCCGAGGGCGUGACCGCUGACACUUUUGGAGACGUCAUCACCGAGAUGUUCACCACAGUCUCGGCUGACGGACGGACGGUUGAGCUCGUCGAGGGCGGAGCCGACGUCCCAGUGACGUGGGACAACCGCGCCGAGUGGGCCGACGCCGUCCUCAACUACCGACUGCACGAGUUUGACCGCCAGAUUGCUGCCAUAGGCCGCGGCCUUGCCGCCCUUGUCCCGGCCCACCUCUUCUCGCUCUUUACCUGGCAGGAGCUCGAGCUGAUGGUGUGCGGGCGGGCAGAGAUCGACAUCAAGUUCCUCAAGCAGAACACCGUCUACCAGGGCUGCGCUGCCACUGACGCCCACAUCGUCAUGUUCUGGGAAGUGCUCGAGUCGUUCUCGCAGGAGGAGCGCAGGCUCUUCAUCCGCUUUGUUUGGGGCCGCUCGCGGCUCCCGACUUCGUCGGCCAACUGGAAGCAGAAGUUCACCAUCACCGCCUUUGCCGGUGGCCACGCCGGCGACGACCACCUCCCCAACUCGCACGUUUGCUUCAACUCGAUUGAGCUCCCGCGGUACUCGACCAAGGACAUCAUGGCCGCCAAGAUCCGGUACGCCAUGUCUACCUGCAUGUCCAUCGACCUUGACUUUGUCGUCCGCUAA